UUUGCCAUAUCCACAUUCCAUUUAUUCACCAUUCAAGUUCGUGACCAUGGCUGCUUCUGCUACUGCUGCAAUGUCUGGAGUGUUAGCGCCUAGCUUCGGCACCAAAAUCUCUUCUUCUGCUCGUACAGGAGUUGUUGCUACGAGCCUUAAGCUCAACCCUUCUUCUUCUCUAAAGCCAAAUGCUCUUGUUUUCUCUUCUUUCCCUAAAGCGAAAAGAUUAACAGCCACAACGCUGCGCCGCCGCAGCAGCACCAUCCGCAGUUCGGUGGAGCAGGAGCAACAGCUGCAAGCUAAAGUCACCACCAAGUGCUUCUUCGAUGUCGAUGUCGGCGGCGAGCCUGUGGGUCGCAUUGUGCUCGGCUUGUUUGGAGAUGUCGUCCCCAAAACCGUCGAAAAUUUUCGUGCUUUGUGCACAGGAGAGAAAGGAUAUGGUUACAAAGGCUCCUCCUUUCACCGCAUUAUCAAAGAUUUUAUGAUUCAAGGAGGCGACUUUACUGAAGGAAACGGUACCGGAGGAAAAAGUAUCUAUGGUUCCAGCUUUAAAGAUGAGAAUUUUGAAUUGAAACAUGUGGGGCCUGGAGUGUUGAGCAUGGCUAAUGCGGGUCCUAAUACUAAUGGCAGCCAAUUCUUCAUCUGCACAGUCAAGACUCCAUGGCUGGACAAUCGCCACGUUGUGUUUGGACAAGUUAUCGAAGGAAUGGAUGUAGUGCGCAAACUUGAAGCUCAGGAGACAAGCAGAUCAGAUACUCCUCGUUCCCCUUGCAGAAUCAUCAACUCUGGAGAGUUGCCCCUCGAUGCUUGACUUGGCUUCCCUUUUUUUUAAUAAUGUGGUUUCACACUCAACUCUCCCCCUUUUCUCAUUGUUUUUCUUUCUUUUCUUUUUUCAUUUUGUAAUGUUGAAUGAGGCGAUAUCCCAUGUGUAAACUAUAGAGAUUGAGUAUUGUAAGUCGUAAUGGAUUGGAUACAUAUCAUUGUUUCGUUAC